AUGGACGAUAUAGAGAGAAUUUUCCAUGAAACAGUCCACGAAACAAAUUAUGAAACAAGGAAAAGAUCGAUUGAUCAGACAAGAAUUCCAGCAAACGAGAAUGACCCCAACAAAAGAAUAAGGAAUAAUCAAGGAAACCAGGAUCUAGAUUUAGAAUUUGAAAAAGCCAUACAAGAACAUAGUGAAACCAAACCUGAGGAUCACCAUAAACAUAACGAUAUAAUAGUAAAUGAAAAAGAAGAUCUUCAAAUGAUUGCCAAUCAACUCGAGCAGGCUACUACUUCAAAGAAACCUGAUAUUGAAGAUGAAACUGAAAUUGAUAAUUCUAAAACAAGACAUUCAUAUAUUCCAGCUGAUUCUGAACUUUUCAAAACAAAUGCUGCAUUUGUUGCAUACAAUGAAUUAUCAAGUCAAUUACCACCAUUAGCUGCAUUAUCAAAUGCUCAAUUAACCUUAUUACCAUUACCAAUUGUUGCGCCAGAUUAUUUACCACCUCGAAUUCAAUUAUUAAUUAAUACAUUGCCAACUCUUGAUAAUUUGGCUACUCAAUUAUUAAGAAUAGUUGCCAUUGGUCCCUAUCAAAAAAUUAUAGAUUUAGCUUCAAACCCAAGUACUCCGGCAGGGGCAACUUAUAGAGAUUUAACCUCACUUUUUGAAUUCACUAAAAAAUUAUAUAAUGAAGAAGAUCCUUUCUUAACUGUUGAACACAUUGCGCCAGGUAUGUGGAAAGAAGGUGAUAAAACUCCAGAAAUGUUUAGAAAUAGAGAACAAAGUAUUGAAUCAACUUUAAGAAAAGUUAAUUUGGCAACAUUUUUAGCAGCUACUCUAGGUACUAUUGAAGUUGGUUUUUUCUACUUGAAUGAAUCAUUUUUAGAUGUUUUUUGCCCAACUAAUAAUUUAGAUCCAGAUAAUGCAUUAUCAAAUAUGGCAUAUAAUAAUUCAAGUUUACAAUCAAUGAAUGCAACUAUUGGAGAAACAGUUGGUAAAUUAUUAAAACCUCAAGCAGUUUUAUAUCUUGAUUUAAAAACUCAAGCUUAUAUAUCAGCAAUAGAAGCCGGUGAACGAUCUAAUGAAGAAAUCUUAGAAGAUAUAUUCCCAUCAGAUUUAGAAACUUACUUACAAGCAAGAAGAAAUACAAAAAGCUUAAGUCCAGUUGAAUUGGAUUUCAUUGAUCGUUGUAAAAUAAGAAAACAAACAUUGCUAAAUUAUUCUCCCGAUAGAAACUUGGGUGAAGAAUACGAAUGGUUCACAUAUUUAAAUAAUUUAUUUGAUUAUGUUGGUAAAAAUAUGGGAUUUUUGAUUUGGGGUAAGAAAGGUAGAGGUAAUUUCAAAUUUACCACUACUGAUAAUGCUCCUCAUAGUGCAGAAAUGUUAGAUUCUACUAAAAACCAAGACAAAAUUGAUAAUGAUCACAUUGAUACUACUAAUAAAAUUCUCGAAAUUGAUGAUAAAGAUCCAAAUAGAAAUAGGCAAAUUAAAGACCUUACAAGUGCAUUAUUACCAUCAGAAAUUCAAGAACAACAGAUUCAUAUACGAAUUAACCCUAGUACUAAUGUUAAAAGUUUGCAUAGAAGACCAUGGUCUAGAGAAGAAGAAAAGGCUUUAAGACACGCUUUGGAAUUAAAGGGCCCAGCCUGGUCAGUUAUUCUAGAAUUAUUUGGGGCCGGAGGUAAAAUUUCAGAAGCUCUUAAAAAUAGAACUCAAGUGCAAUUAAAGGAUAAAGCAAGAAAUUGGAAAAUGUUCUUCUUAAAAUCAGGAUUACCAGUGCCAACCUACUUGCAGAAAGUUACCGGAGAUCUAGAAAGAGACGAUAGACUGAGAGCAAGAAUCAAUAGAAGUAAAAAAACUGCUGCUGCCCCCGUACCCAAUCCGGCCCGUAAAGGUAAAAAUAAAAAUGCAAAUGAUACCGAAAUGCAUGAGGCUAUAAGCGAUAAAAACAAAGAAUCAGAUCUCAACAACACGGUGAACUCUACGACCGAUGUUAGCACAGCUACGGGCCAUUAA